AUGUCAAAUUUUUUAGGACAUUUUGACAAAGAAAAUGAGAUCGAGAAUAGAGGUAAUUGCGCUAACACAGGAGUGCAAUGCAUUAGUAAGCAACAGACUACCAAGAAACAGAAGGACCCAGGAAGCUUCACAGUCUCGUGCUCGAUCGGGGAGUUGGAUGUGGGACAUGCGUUGUGCUAUUUUGAAGCAAGCAUUAACCUCAUGCAACUCUCAAUCUUUAAGAAAUUGGGAAUUAGUAAAGCACAACCCACUUCUGUUACUCUUCAACUCUCUAACAGAACGAUCAAGUACCCUGAAGGAAAGAUUGAAGACGUUCUGAUAAAAGUUGACAACUUCAUAUUCCUAGCGGAUUUUAUCAUCUUGGACUAUGAAGCAGACAGAGAUGUACCAAUUAUUCUUGGACGCCCCUUUCUAGCCACUGGGAAAGUGUUAAUAGACAUGCAUAAGGGAGAAUUUACCAUACGCGUAGACAGUCAGGAAGUGAAGUGUGUUAAACGCAUUAAAGUUCCCAGAUAG